AUGACACAAACUAGGGAUCAUGGCCAUAGCCACGGCCACGGUCACCACCAUCAUCACGACAAUACCUACCUAACCUCCAAAAACAAACACGACGCUGGUGUUCGUAUUACGCGGAUUGGUCUCGUUGCAAAUUUGUGCAUGGCUAUUGGAAAAUUCAUUGGCGGUUAUAUGUUCCACUCUCAAUCUCUCAUCGCCGACGCCUACCACGCCCUCACCGAUCUUGUCUCCGACUUUUUGACUUUGGGAACUGUCGCCUGGUCCCUGAAACCCCCGAGCGAACGAUUCCCCAAUGGAUAUGGAAAAAUCGAGAGCAUCGGUGCGCUGGGAGUCCUGCUGGCUCAGUUCUACCCCGACGUGGCUGAAACAGUAGCUCACUCCGGGGUUUUGGGACAUGGUCAUUCACACAGUCAUGGGCCAAUUGGUCCUAGCAUCCACGCGGCGUGGAUCGCAGCAGGCUCGAUUGUGGUCAAGGAGUGGCUUUACCGUGCGACCAUGAAGGUUGCCGAAGAGCGCAAGUCGUCCGUGCUUGCCUCCAACGCUAUUCACCACCGCAUCGACUCCCUGACGAGUAUCGUCGCCCUUUGCACAAUUGGAGGAAGCUAUGUCUUCCAAGACGCCACCUGGCUGGAUCCAGUUGGCGGAGUCCUGAUCUCCCUGAUGGUCAUCAAAGCCGGUUGGGGCAACACAUGUACCUCACUUUUGGAGUUGGCGGAUACCACGGUUGAUGAGGAAAUCCGACACUCUGUGGAGGAUGCUGCCUCCAAGGCCUUGAAGGAUAUUGAGGAUGGACAUGAAGUGAUUGUUCGUGACGUACAAGGCAUGAAAUCCGGUCAAAACUACCUAAUGGAUAUUGAGUUGGCUGUACCGGGGGCCUGGGCUAUCAGUCGGUCGCGACACAUCGAAGAAGCCGUUCGCCAGGCUGUUGGAUCUGGAGUUCGUGGCGUGAAACGCAUCAAGGUCCGCUUCAUUCCUGUGGAAGAUCAACACCUCACAUUCUCAGAUGAGUUCGUUGCGCAAGAUGUUAGUGGUGACCCGGAGACACCCCAUGCUCGGAAGCAGCAAUAG